UCUCCCAGUGCCUCCUCCGCCUCGCCUCUUCGGAUUUUGAAAAGAAGGGAAAAUUGAAGCAAAGAUCCCCAAUCCUUUGCUCCGUUUUUGAGUGAAGAUAAUGCAGUCUUUUUUCCCCAAUUGAAGAUAGUCUGGCACAGAGAGGUGAACCCUCUAGAACUUAGGGUUCAACUUUGGUGCCUUGACCAUGGAAAACAAGGAUGAAGGGAAGUCCCCUAAGUCUGAUAAAUCUUCUUCAUCGAUGCCAACUGGAGAAAGUUUUAAAGGCAAUCUAAUCUUCUAUGGAGAUGAACUUUUGAAGCUGAUAUCUAAGUAUCGACCAAUCUUUGUCUAUUCACAGGAUCAGCACAAUUUUCAUGCUAUGCAGGCAUAUUACGGUAUGCCGCCAUAUUACAAUUCAGCUGUGGCAUCAGGCCAUGCUCCUCCCCCCUAUAUGUACAUCCUGCAGUUCCUCCGAUUUAGAGAUGAGUACCGGCUAUGUGCUGCAGCCCCUGCGGAUACACCUACAAAGUCCUCUGGAAAUACUGAACACGGUUUAAUGAAGAAGCUUAAAGGAUUUGAUGGCCUUGCAAUAUCAAUAGGCAAUGGUACUGCUGAGAAUGCUGAGGGAAGAGCUGAACCUAGACCGUUCCGGAGGUUUGUUAAUCUUAUCAGGACAAACUGGUAUUAUUUAGAUCGAAGCUAUUUUUCAGCAACCUAUUUAGUGGAUCCCUUUUUGUUUGACCAACUCUGUAAUCAUGUGAACAUUGUGGAGACUCAAGGUUCCACUGAUGGUAGUGAUGGGAAUACAACCAGGACGGAUCAAGGUAGACGAAAAAGAAGCAGGGAGGGGACACCAACCACUGGUGGAGAUGGGAAAAUUGAGGCAAAGUCUAAUCCAGUAGCUGCACGGGAGGUGAUUGCAACCGUUUCUCCUGGCAUGACCACAUGCACAAGUUUGCAGAAUGAACGAGAGCUGAAACGGGAGAGGAGGAAACAAUCUAAUAUCGAAUCUGCUAGAAGGUCAAGGUUGAGGAAGCAGGCUGAGACCGAAGAGCUUGCUCGUAAAGUUGAAUCCUUGACGUCAGAGAAUGCAACACUCAGAUCUGAAAUAAAUCAAUUAACCGAAAAGUCAGAGAAACUAAGGCUAGAAAAUGCUAUAUUAGUGGGUAUUGCAAUUCAGGAGGGACUGAAAAAGGAUGAACUCGGACAUGCAAGGGAAAAUAUUUUGAGCAAGAAAGAAGACAAAGAGGGUGAAAUGUGCGAGGAAAAGUCAGACUCGAGUUCCAAGCUACAUCAACUCUUGGACCCUAGUCCUAGAGCCGAUGCCGUGGCUGCCAGCUGAAUAAGGAGAAGAGUUUUUUUUUUUUUUUUACAUUAAAUUGGAGGAAAUGAGGUAGCUUUGCAUUGGCAAGUUAGCUUUAGCUGAUAUAUUUCUUAUUUGAAAAUCAGAGUGCUGAUACAAGUCCUGAAAAAGAUAGUGUAAAGGAUAAUG